CGGAGGCUAGCGGAGCAGCUGCGUCCUCACGUCACUUCUCUCUCUGCGCACCGCGGAGACUCGCACCUCCUCCUCGCACCUCCUCCUCGGCUCCCGGGCCGCAGACCCUCUCCUCCCGGGGACAGCUACCGUCCUCCCGACCCGUGUCAGCGAUCGCUCCGCCCGGGCUGGCCGAGCACAUCGCGUUAGCCAGGUUAGCUCCUCGGCUAGCUAGCUCUGGCUGCCUCUCUACGACGAGCGAAGCCAGUUAGCCUAGCCUGCUAGCUAGCUUUGCUACAUCCCCCCUCCCCUCUCCUCCUCCCCCUCUCCUCCUCUUUAACAAACUUGACACUGACGGACGAGGGUCUCCUUCCUUCCGACCCUCCAGUCGUCGCCAUGUCCGGACAGUCGUCGGGCUGCGGCUUCCUCAUGUCGGUGGUGGUCCACGGGGACGCGGCUCUGAACGAGCAGGAGAAGGAGCUCAACCAGCGGCUCCGGAGGCUCUACCCGGCCGUCAACGAGACCGAGACCCCGCUGCCUCGCUCCUGGAGCCCGAAGGACAAGUUCAGCUACAUCGGCCUGUCCCAGAACAACCUGCGGGUGCACUACAAAGGUCAUGGCAAAACUCCUAAAGAUGCAGCGUCUGUUCGCGCCACUCAUCCCAUCCCAGCCGCCUGCGGGGUCUACUACUUCGAGGUGAAAAUCAUCAGUAAAGGCCGAGAUGGGUACAUGGGCAUCGGCCUCUCAGCUCAGGGUGUUAACAUGAACAGACUGCCCGGUUGGGACAAGCACUCGUAUGGUUACCACGGAGAUGAUGGACACUCCUUCUGCUCGUCCGGCACUGGGCAACCUUACGGACCCACGUUUACAACAGGCGACGUGAUUGGCUGCUGCGUUAACCUCAUCAACAACACGUGCUUCUACACAAAGAAUGGCCACAGCCUAGGUAUUGCCUUCACAGACCUACCACCGAACUUGUACCCGACCGUGGGCCUUCAGACUCCAGGGGAGGUGGUUGAUGCAAACUUCGGCCAGCACCCCUUUGUGUUCGACAUCGAGGACUACAUGCGCGAGUGGAGGACAAAGAUCCAGGCCCAGAUCGACCGCUUCCCCAUCGGGGAGCGUGAGGGCGAGUGGCAGUCCAUGAUCCAGAAGAUGGUGGCUUCCUACCUGGUGCACCACAGCUAUUGUGCCACAGCUGAAGCCUUUGCCAAAUCCACCGACCAGGCCGUCCACGAGGAGCUGGCCUCCAUCAAAAAUCGACAGAAAAUCCAGAAGCUGGUGUUGUCCGGUAGAAUGGGCGAGGCCAUCGAGACCACCCAGCAGCUCUACCCCAACCUCCUGGAGAGGAACCCAGACCUGCUCUUCAUGCUCAAGGUGAGACAGUUCAUUGAGAUGGUGAAUGGGACGGACAGUGAGGUGAGGUGUCUGGGAGGACGCAGCCCGAAGUCUCAGGACAGUUACCCCGGCUCCCCGCGACCCUUCAGCAGCCCGAGCCACAAAGCCAGCAGCUCCCAGCCGUACCUCACAGGGUUUGACAGCAACUGCUGUAAUGGCGUGACGUCUAAUAAGAGCCACAGCUCCUCCCCUCACAGUCACAAGCCCUGCCCUCCGAGCACUGGCUCCACCCCCCCAGCGUCUGACAUCAGCCUCAACGGGAGCCGCAGUCAACCGCCCAUCACCAGCAAUGACAUAGAUAUGGAGGUCGACCACUUCACCAACGGAGUGACAGAAUCCUCCUCCAAUGGUUUCCUCAACGGCAGCUCUAAACACACCGCGGAGCCGGACGACUGUGACGCAGACAUGGAAGUGGAAUCUGCUCAAUCCAAGCGGCAGCUGUGCGGUGGGAGCCAGGCAGCCAUCGAGAGAAUGAUCCAUUUCGGCCGGGAGCUCCAGAGCAUGAGCGAACACCUCCGCCGGGAGUGUGGCAAGAACUCCACCAACAAGAAGAUGCUCAAGGAUGCGUUCAGCCUCCUCGCCUACUCCGACCCGUGGAACAGUCCCGUCGGCUACCAGCUGGACGCCAUUCAAAGAGAGCCGGUCUGCUCCACCCUCAACAGUGCAAUAUUAGAGACUCACAACCUGCCCAAGCAGCCUCCUCUGGCCCAGGCCGUGGGUCAGGCCGCCCAGUGCCUGGUCAUCAUGGCACGGACUGGCAGCGGCUCCUGCGCCUUCGCCUCAGUGGACGAUUACUUGCACUAGCCGAGUGCAUACGAGCGCACACACACACACACACACACACACACACA